GUUGUUGGAUCGAAUCUGCCAUUUUUCUCUUUCUUUUUUUAUUGACCUCAUCUUUGUGCAAGCAUAAGUUUGAGAGUGAUAGCAUAAGAAUGUCAGGGCCUGAAUGCUGCUCGAACCCACCAAUUCUGAACCCCAAUGGAGGAGCAGGGCAUGUUGAAGAACUCGCUGGUCUUAAUUGCUAUCUCACUGGCUCCCCUCAUUCCAAUCUUGCUGUUCUUCUUGUGUCCGACAUCUAUGGAUAUGAAGCACCAAAUUUAAGGAACCUUGCAGACAAGGUUGCAGCUGCUGGGUAUUAUGUGGUUGUUCCUGAUUUAUUGUAUGGUGAUCCCUAUAAUCCUGAGAAUGCUGACAGGCCAGUACCUGUUUGGUUAAAAGAUCAUGGCACGGACAAAGCAUCUGAAGUUACAAAACCCAUAAUUGAAGCUUUGAAAAGUAAAGGGGUGUCAGCUAUUGGGGCUGCUGGAUUUUGUUGGGGGUCUAAAGUUGUGGUUGGACUAGCAAAACCCGGACUAAUCCAAGCUGCUGUUCUAUUACAUCCAUCGUUUGUCUCUGUGGAUGAUAUAAAGGGUGUUGAUAUUCCAACUGCCAUACUUGGAGCUGAGAUUGACAAAAUGUCUCCUCCAGAGCUUGUGAAACAGUUUGAACAAGUCUUAACUGCUAAACCUGGGGUGUGGACAAGUAGAAAUUGAAGCAUCUAUCUGCAGCUUAGGUUUGUUCCAAUUUUAUUUUUAGCACUCCAUUUUUAACCCGUUUGAUAUUUCUUUUUUGCAGGUGGAUAGUUAUGCUAAAAUAUUUCCUAAAGUCUCACAUGGUUGGAGUGUGAGGUACAAAAAAGAAGAUGCCGAAGUUGUGAAGGCUGCAGAAGAGGCCCAUCAGGACAUGCUGGACUGGUUUGCUAAACAUCUCAAGUAAGGAAUCUUUUUCUUGAGAAGAACAUUUGUGUUUGUGAAAAAAUAAAAUAAGAAAUUCUAUGUGCUACUCAUGCCAUGUGCUUGUAGUUUACUAGAAAAUAAAUAAUGUAUUGUUGUUUUGUUGGACAUUGCUAGAUUCAUCCCCUCUCUGUCAAAAGAAAAUUUACCAGCUCUGAUAUUGUAAUACAUCUCUCCUUGCUUAUUAUGUGACACAUCAAACGGAUGGUAUUAGCUCAAAGGCAGGUUCACUAGGCAAUUUGGCUGAGAUCAAGGUAGAUGAUGUGUUGUGUUCACAGAUUGUGCAUACAUUAUAAAUUGUAUAUAAUAUAAAAUGAA